GACAAAGAGCCCGCAGUGCUUAAUUUUUCGGCCUGCAUUAUGUGUUGACGUGCUCAAAUGCACCACUUUAGUGCACCUUAUGAGAAUAACUUAUAUUUCAAAUAUUAUCAUGAAUUUAAUUGAGAAACUUCAACAGGCCCUAGCUGGACAAGAUUUUCAAGACAAAUGGCGAAGGGAUAAGUCGAUAUUUUGGAAAAUUUUCGAAGCAAAGUUUUGCGACCUUAAUAUCGACGAAGAAUAUAAGUACAACCUUGCAUAUCUGAUAACGCAUGACUACGGAGAAUCGUCUGCUGUUUCUGAUAGUUAUCUUAGAAACAAGCUGCCGUGUAAAAUCUUGAACAAGGAGCAAUCAUUAAAUCUUGGGGAUUACGUCUCAAAAAGCGAGACAAAUAAGGCUGGAGCAAUUGAAAAGCACGAAAAACUAAGGUCUGCUGCAAAGCCUUCUAAAGAAGACCAUACCACCUCCAAAGGAAUUCUGGUUAAUUCGCGACUAAUACAUCCAGUGCACGUAAUAGAUAAAAAUGCACAGCUUCUGACCAAAGGGGAAAGCAAUAAUCACGUCUUGAGUUUUGGAAAACUGGAGUGUGAAGCUAAACGUCCGGUCCCAUUGUCUACAAGGAAGCACAAGCCUACACCCAUACUGUCCAAGAGCCCAACUUUUCAUUGCGCAUGCACAUAUAUAUCAGAACUUGGCCCCAAGCAUUCUUGUAAACAACCUACCCAGAAUGCUAGUAUUACAAAUGGCUUGCCUACUAGCUUAGUGCAUCGCGAUAGUGGUUUCUCUCUAUAUAAGACAAAAUUGAUAGAGUCCUCCAGGUUCGUUCGGCAAACAACUAAAGAAAUAUCACAUCAUGAAAACUCCGUUGAAACUAUACAAAUGCACGAAGCUUCGAUAGAUGAGACCCAUAUUCCUCCAGUAGCUUCGAGGAUAAAGGAGUUUACGACUAUAGGAAAUAGCUGUCUGUCAACUUCACAGCGGGCAAACUAUCCCCGAGCAUCAAAGGCAAAUGACUCUGCUCCAUCUCAUCCAAGAAAUCGGUUGCAACCGGAGCUGCAAAGAUCAGCAACUUACAACGGAGGAAGAUACUUGGUUGUCAACAGCGAAAAAAAGUGCGUAGAUUGUUGUGACACAUGUCACAAGCGUGUCUAUCCGAUGGAUCGGGUUUCCAUAGGAGAGCGUGCGUAUCACAAGAGCUGCUUCCGAUGCGUCAUCUGCCAGCGUACUCUUCUACCGGGAAAUUUUGCCUCUCUGGAUGGAACUGUUUUGUGCAAGCCACAUUACAUUGAACAGUUUCGGAGAAGAGGUCGCUAUGAGCUCCGGAACUCAAAUGAUUCCAAUUCAUCCAUAAACACCUCAUCGGCUCCAGAACGCGUCACACAGAACGGCGAAUCACAACCAACACGGUUACCAAAGAAUGAGCUGCCUCUGGACGCAGCGUCGGCAGUUACAAGAAAGCAGGAUACCUCUCAAAAGCCAAAACUUCAAUCAGCUGGACGAGUGGAUAAACCAAGUUCAAGAAUUUCGCUGAAGACCCAUUGAAUGUGUCUUCUUUUUCGAUCUUUGAACUGGAUAUACUCGCAACAACCUUUCUCCAUUCACAGUGUCCUCUACAUCAAUUUUACCACCGAGAAUGCCACGCCUUUUGCAUCUACAGAAGCACUCUAUCGUGGCCUAUUACUUUUCGCUUAAUAUGAGUUGAGAAUUGUUUUCAUCUCAGCUGCAGACGUCUUUCUGAGAAACCAUUCUUUUUUCAAUGUCAAAGCAUUAUGUUUCUCAUAUUGCAGAAACGAAUAGCAUUUUCUGUGAUCUGAUGUGUAUGUGUGCAGCAGUUUUUAGGCAGGCUAAGAGGAAUACUUGAAAUAUAUUUUGAGACUCUCUUGGCUAUGACUGUGCAGUUGUAUCAAACGAUUCAUAGAUCUCACCGUGAAUCCUUUCUUGUUUGAGUUUCAG